GCAGGUAGGUGCGUCAGAGGUGUUUAGAACCUGUUUAGAGCAACCGCGCUGUUUGUAGGUCUUUAUAGUAGGCUAAUGCAUCGUCAACAGGGUGCUUUAAUAAUACCAGAUGGCAUAAGAAUAGGCCACCUACAGACCAAACACAAUCACAUGGACAGGCACGCACGCACGCGCACUCAGUGGAGGAGUGUCAUUUUUUUUACAUGAAAUUAUACUAGACAGCGCAUCUUUAGAAUCACGGAUCCAUAGAUGUGAGGCGGAUUUCCAUCAAUAGUCAUAUCAUUUAGGAAGUCUGCCAGCGACUGUGAUGUCAAAAGACCAAUGGGGUGUGAGACUGCAGCUUCAGGAAGAAAACACUGGACACCUGACUGGUCCUAACCUAACCCGGGGUGGGAUCUAACAGGUUCUCUCAGUGGAGAACCAUGGGUUGUGGUGGCAGCAGAACAGACGCUUUGGAACCACGGUACCUGGAGAGCUGGACCAAGGAGACAGAGUCAACAUGGCUACCGAGCACCGACACAGACAUCCCCCUGUCGUCCAUACACAGCAUCCCGUCAGAGAACUCCUCCGAGAUGGGCUUCAUUUUUGACAAAAGCGACACCCCUGUUGCAGAUUUCUUUGAUGAUGGCGUGCCUGCUCCUGCCCAGGCCUACCUGACGGUUUGCUCUGCCAUGUCUGAGGCCAGCCUUGAUAGAGGAAAUCCUGACAGUCCGCCUGCAAUACAGGCCUCCCAACACCAGGAUAUGUUGUUAGCUUCCACUGGCUCAAUUGUACAGCGCAGGAGUGUCCUUCGCACAGAAGAAAUUACAAAGUGGCAGGACAACAGAAUGUCCACCAAACAGGUCACGAUCACGGUGACACAGAGCAUUCGUCAAGUCGACAAGAGUGGCAAGGUCAAGGAGAAGUCCCUCACUACCUACGAGGUGAUGAAGCCUAUGGAGGCUCUGAAGGAAGUGACAACAGAGAACACAGAGGUGCACUGAGAGACCUGAGCUAAAGUACCUACAAAAUAUAACGACCAAAAGCUGUUGAAUACCGUUAUAAGGACUUUUAUGAGUGAAAAACUCAAGGCUUCUUCUGAAAGAGUAUGUUGAUUUUAUAAAACAGGACUGGCACCCACAAUUUCCAAGGCCUUUUGAGCUUUUGAGACUGAUAGAAUAGUUUCGCUAGUGAACUAGCUUGUCGUCCUUUGUAGGAAGUG